AUGAGCGCGGCCGUCAGGCCUCCGCCAGCCCGUCAGGGACAACCUGCGUCGCAGCGCAACUUUGGCGAGAGUUCGGCGGGAGGAGCGAGUUCGCAUCUGGGCAUGGCGCUGGCGGAUGAGCGGAGCGGGAAGGCGGUGGACGGAGGGAGUGGGACGAAGAAACAGCUUAGCGAGGUGCAGAGACGGAAGAGGGAGCGGUGGGGUCCAGCUUACGUCCCGGAGGAAGAGACAAUCCGCAACGACUACUCUGGGCAGUAUGUACAGACAGGCGGGCGACCGCAGAACCACCUGCGAAACACGGCUGUCGAGACGCGAUUUGCCGAAUACCCCAAGCUCGCUUCGCUGCUCACUCACAAGCACACCCUCACCGCCUCGCCGCAACACUCCAUCCCGCCAACCUACUUCAACCUUCCCUCCGACUCGUCUUCCUCCUCCGCCUCAGCCAUGUCCUCAGCACUCGCCGCUCUACGACCCGCCCACUUCGACUGCCUCCUUCUAACUCCUCCACCAUCCGUCACAGUUGACGAGCUCGCCUCGCUCGAGAUCAGUCGACUUGCAGCGACACCCGGGUUCAUCUGGCUGUGGGUUGGGUCGGGCCAAGCUGGCCUCGAAGGAAGCGAGGGAGGCGGAGUCGGGCUCGAGAAGGGAAGGGAGCUGUUGACGCUGUGGGGAUACAGGAGGUGCGAGGAUAUCGUCUGGCUCAAGACGAACAAGAAGGAUCCGGAGGGCGAUCUGGUGAAGGAGCCCACCUCGCUCUUCCAGCCGACUCUCGAGCACUGCCUGAUGGGCAUCCGAGGGACAGUUCGCCGGUCGACAGACUCGUUCUUCGUGCAUUGCAACGUCGAUACAGACGUCAUCGUGUGGGAAGGCGAUGAUGAAGAUCCCGACCUCAAGCCGCCCGAGAUCCAGACUCUUAUCGAGAACUUCUGCCUCGGAACUCGCCGCCUGCAUCUCUACGGCUCGCCUCGCUCGCUCCGUCGCGGCUGGCUCACCGUCCCCUCCGCUUCCUCCCCGCCCUUCACCUCCGAGUCGCCCGUUCCGCCCGUUGAGAACGAAGGCAGCGCAGAAGAGCAGAAAGAGCGGUGGGGUGCACCGAAGGAGUGGAGUAGGGAGGAGUGGGAGGCGAGGUGGAAGAGACCGGUGGCGCCGGGGAGUUUGGCUGCGGAGGGAAAGGGACCAGAACUGCUGGGCAAGGUCGACACGCUGCUGCCGUUCGUCGAGGAACUCGACGCACUUCGACCGAAAUCGCCGCCUCAGCGGAACGGUCUUCCCUCCUCUGGCGGACUUGGGCGAGGACGUGGAGCUGGUCUCGGCAUCACUCGGAGCGGUCUCGUCGGUCAGGCAGCGACUGCACCCGCGCCCGACGGUUCAGUCGGCGUGAACGGGUUGGGCAGGGGACGCGGUCGAGGACGAGGGCGGAGCGGCGAGCAAGAGGUAGGCUAUAACAUUGUACCGCGCCCACUAGCGCGACAGCCUCCGACAACGAUGUACGGGCCGUCGCUGCAGGCUUUCACGCCGCAACAGCAGUACUUCGUCGCGUCGCCGUCUCAUUCGAACUCGGCACCACCGUAUCCUUACGCUUCCCAGCUCGUUCAACCACCACCAUCGCCGUCUGUCGCACAGUACGCGUACGCUUCGCAGCCGUCGACGGCGCAGCAGUUCUACGGCGUCCCUCCACCUCCUUCCUUUCUCUCCGGCUACCCGCAGCAACCGCAGGCGCCGACGUAUCGCCCGCCGCUGCACUAUCCGCCGCAACAGCAGUACCUGAUGCCCGCUGCGCAGGGCUACUACACGCCGCCUUACCACGCAAGCGUUCAGCCGUCGCCGAUUCCCCAACAUCCUCCUCUCCCCGGCUCUGCCUACGCCUACUCGAUGCCAACGUCGUCGCCAGCGUCAGUUGCCUCGGUCAACCCGCAGCUCGCGACGCAGUACAUCCAGCAGCAGAUGCAGACUCUCGCGCUUGGCCAGUCGACCUCGAGCAACUCGACGGCGCCCUCGGAUGCAGGUUCAUCGGCGCCGACGGGCGAGCUCGUCUACCCGAUCUCGAGUAGGAGCAGGGAGAGGACGGCUGAGUCGGUGGCGCAGGCGACAGCGGCGGAUGGUCGGUUUGCGGAUGCGAGGGAGUAA